GUCUCCAUCUAAACACGACCAAAGUCCACUGAACUGAUAUCAGAGGUCAAAGGUCAAUGGCGGCUGAAAAACGGAUUUUGCUGAAACGGCAGAAAGAAGAGACCAACCACAGGAGAGAGGAAGCAGGAUUCUAAAAAACGUGACUGAGACAGGAAGAGGUGUUUCACAACUGACUGGACAGAAAGACGCAAAGAGACAGAAUGCUAUGAACAGGAUGCCUGACAACUGACGAGUUAGAGAAAAACAGACAGAGAGAGAGAGAGAGAGACAGAGAGACAGAGAGAGAGACAGAUAGAGGGAAACACAAAGAGAGAGAGACAGAGAGAGACAAAGAGAGAGCAGCUGGUUGUUAACGAGUUUCACAUUCUGAUUGACAACGAACACAUCUACAAAACAUCUGCAGAACUUCUCAAUCUGAUCAGCUGACCAGAGGAAAAUGGCCGUCACCCCCCCGAGAGACAAGUAUUUUGGUGUCUGGCUGAUAUUCUUCAUGCUCGGUUUGGGAACGCUGCUGCCCUGGAACUUCUUCAUGACGGCUACCAUGUACUUCACCAGCCGUCUAAAGGACUCGUCAUUGGUUGAAUAUUCAGCCAAUCAGACGGAAGCAGAAGGUGAGCAUCGCAGCCUUCUGGAGGCUAAAUUCAACAACGUGAUGACGCUGUGCGCUAUGCUGCCGCUGCUCCUUUGCACCUGCCUUAACUCCUUCCUGCACUCACUUAUUUCUCAGCGUCUGCGAGUGAUGGGUAGCCUGCUCAUCAUCAUGGUUGUCUUCAUGGCAACCGCUGUCAUCGUCAAAGUUCCUCUCCAGCCGCUGCCCUUCUUCUGUGUUACCAUGGUGAAGAUCAUCAUCAUCAACUCGUUCGGAGCGGUCCUCCAGGGCAGUCUGUUUGGGAUGGCUGGCUUGCUGCCAGCUUCAUAUACAACUCCCAUCAUGAGCGGUCAGGGACUUGCUGGAAGCUUUGCUGCCUUCGCCAUGAUCUGCGCCAUUGCAAGUGGCUCAGAGCUCCAUGAUGCAGCGUUCGGUUACUUUAUCACAGCCUGUGUCGUUAUUCUUCUGUCAGUCAUCUCCUACAUCUUGCUGCCUAGACUGGAGUUUUUCCAGUUUUAUCAACAGAGAAGCAGGAACCCGAAUCCAGAAGAAGAGAACUCUGUAAAUCUGAUGAAGAGCGAGAGUAAAGGUGAAGCAGUUGAUGCGAACACACAGCAGGACGUCUCCAUGAUGAAAAUCUUUAAGAAGAUCUGGCUUCUGGCUGUGUCUGUCUGUUUCACCUUCACCGUCACCAUCGGCACGUUUCCCGCCAUAACCUCCGACACCAGAUCCACGCUUGGUGACAGAGACUCCUGGGAGCGGUACUUUAUUCCUGUCAGCUGUUUUCUGCUCUUUAACCUGUGUGACUGGGCUGGCCGGAGCCUAACGGCCGCCUGUAUGUGGCCUGGAAAGGACAGUCUCGUACUUCCCGUGGCCAUUGUGUGUCGUCUCGGCUUCCUACCCCUCUUCAUGUUGUGUAACGUUCAGCCUCGUCUACACCUGCCCGUCUUUUUCAGUCACGACGGCUGGUUCAUCUUCUUCAUGAUCCUUUUCGCCUUCAGUAAUGGCUACCUGGCCAGCCUCUGCAUGUGCUUUGGUCCAAAGAAUGUUCUGCCUCAUGAAGCAGAAACAGCUGGAGCCAUCAUGGCUUUCUUUCUGUCUCUGGGUUUGGCUUUAGGAGCCGCUCUGUCCUUCCUCUUCAGAGCAAUGGUUUAACUGGUAUUACUGGACGAACUGGAAAACUACAUCUUUAUUACUGGACGAACUGGAAAUUACAUCUGAAUCACUGGACUAACUGGAAACUACAUCUGUAUUACUGGACGAACUGGAAACUACAUCUGUAUUACUGGACGAACUGGACACUACAUCUAUAUUACUGGACCAACUGGAAACUAAAUCUGAAUUACUGGACGAACUGGAAACUACAUCUAUAUUACUGGACUAACUGGAAACUACAUCUAUAUUACUGGACGAACUGGAAACUACAUCUGUAUUACUGGACAAACUGGAAACUACAUCUGUUUUACUGUAAGAACUGGAAAAUACAACUGUAUUACUGGACAAACUGGAAACUACAUCUGUAUUACUGGACAAACUGGAAACUACAUCUGUAUUACUGUAAGAACUGGAAAAUACAACUGUAUUACUGGACUAACUGGAAACUACAUAUGUAUCACUGGACUAAGUGGAAACUACAUCUGUAUUACUGGACUAACUGGAAGACAAACAUUCUGCUUGUUACUGGUCCGACUGGGAGGGUUUAGGGUGCAGGGUUAGCUACAGAUGACUGGGAGGGAUUAGGGUGCAGGGUUAGCUACAGCUGACUGGGAGGGAUUAGGGUGCAGGGUUAGCUAAAGCUGACUGGGAGGGAUUAGGGUGCAGGGUUAGCUUCAGCUGACUGGGAGGGAUUAGGGUGCAGGGUUAGCUACAGCUGAUUUGCAGGGUUUAGGGUUUAGAGUUAGCUACAGCUGACUGUCAGAACCUCGCAUGUUAAUGUGUUAUAAAUAGCUUUUUAAUCAAAGUCUGCAGAACACUGCAGUUCAUAGCCGUGUAAAACAAGUGCAACAUUCCCUUAUUUUUUCAUUAUUUCUAAUUUGUUUGAAAUACGUACUAACACUUCUUUAACCCAAAACAUCGUUUUUUUCUUAAUCUAAACAUUUAUUGGUGACUGUUCCACGAGUGCUCCGGUUCUGGAAACAUUUGCUGGAAACUGUUGCUGGAGUUACCUUACCAUGGAAAAAAACGUAUCCUCUUAUAGUUUAUAUAACAUCACAAUAUUAUACAGUAAUGCCUUUUUAAUAUCAACUGUUUGUCUGCAGACCGAAGCCAUCAGAAGACUCCCGUUGUUCUAUUGGUUUAAUAUUAAUUUCAGAAUCUGUUGCACUUUUUGGGUUCUUGGAUGAAUGAAACAGUGUGAAAAGUAAAGAAAAUGCUGGAUUAAGAAAGAGCUGUACUGUACAUAAGUAAACGGUAUAUAUAUAUACACAUGUCAUAUGAUAUUAUACUGAAGCUCAUUGUGUUUCCUUUCUUUCCUAAUAUCUGAUUGUAUAUGUUAUAAGUGCAAUAGAAACACAAAUGAAUUAGAGUUAUGAAAGAGAAAAUGUCAUCAAAAAGACCCAAACGUGUACUUUACUUUUCACAUUAAACUGUCUAAAGUACAAGUUGAAUUUUUAUUUAUCACUUUCAGUUCAACUGUAAGGCUUUCAAUUUAAAAGAUGUUACAUGA